UCGGGGAUGUGGAGGCCUGCCGGCUCCACCGCAACAAAUCCAUCAUCCACCCGAGGCGAUUAGCAUGGUGCGGGCUAUGGCUGCACCUGUCUCACAUUUGGACGAGGUCGAAUGUGGGAGGCCGAAUGUGGGAGAUGGGAGCGGGGUUUCCGUGGGAGGAGCGCCGGCCCGGAGCGGCCGCCCCGCGGAUCAGCGGGGAGACUGCGCUCCUGUCUGGUCCCAGGACCAGCUCACCGGUUUGCAGGAGACCUCAGCAGACCUCGGCCCAGACCAUGGAGCUGAGAUGGACAGCAUCGCCCUGAUAGACGAAGACAGUCUGGUGGAGAAAGACGAACUCUGGAAUGCUCUUUCCAGUAAUUAUGGCCACGUGGAGCCGGUGGACUGGCGUCAGUGUCGAACACGCUCGCUCUACAUUUCCACGUUCAGCUUGGAGGAGAAGCCGACAGAGACGGAUGUUGCGGCCGAGCUGUCGGACAAGGAGGAGCUGCGGGAGCAGCUGGAUUUGCACUCCAUCAUCGUGCCCUGUCUGGCAGACGAACCCCUGGUCACGGCGGAGCAGGUAAUUGAGGAGAUAGAGGAAAUGAUGCAGGACUCAUCUGACAUGGAGGCAGAGCGCAAUCCCUCGCAGUCAGACCUGUCCAUGCUCUCUCUGGACGUCCAGUGGUGCAGUCCCGGCUUCGAGGAGAGGAUGAGGGUCCUGAACGUUUCAGAGCUGAUGGAGCGUCUGGAGGAGGCAGAGACAACCAUCAGGAGGUUUUCUGAGGAGCUGGUGCAGCAGCUGGCUAUCAGGGAUGAGUUGGACUUUGAGAAGGAGGUGAAAAACAGUUUCAUCUCAGCGCUCAUCGAUGUGCAGAACCGGCAGAAAGAGCAGAGGGAGUCGAUGAGGAAGAAGAAGAAGCUUAAAGGAGGAGCUGGGACAGUGCAGGGCCUCACAGAGAGACCGCCUGGAUCGCGUUUCAGCAUGGAGGGACUCUCCUCUGUCAUACAAAACAGCUUUCGGCAAACAUUUGGGAGUGGGUGCAGUGAACGACAGUAUUUGACCACAGUCAUCCCUUAUGAGAAAAAAGGACACCCCCCCUCCAUUGAAGAUCUCCAGAUCCUGACCAAAAUUCUCCAAGCUAUGAGAGACGACAGUGACAAAGUGCCCAGCCUCUUGACAGACUACAUCCUCAACGUGCUUUGCCCCACGUAGACCGGGUGGACCGAGCCUGAUACUGUGCAGAAGCUUCUGGUGAAAUAUGAAGAGGAUUCACACAGUAUAUUUGCAAGCACACUUAAUUUAUUCACAGAUGUUUUUACCUCUGUUUUUUUUUUUUUCUAUCUGUGAGAUCAUAUUUUACCCUCAUUAUUUUAUGUGAAACAUCAGAAUUUUCAAUAUUGAUGCAUUCUGAUUAAUUUAGGAUGUUUGUGGUGUAUGUUUAAUAUACGUGCACUGUGAAGAAACACUAUAUUCUGUGAAGAAUGCACUCUUUAAAAUCAUCAGACACUUCAUUUGGUACACUGGCAUUUUAAUAAAUGGGAACAAAUUGGGAAGUAAAAACAGCUAUUAAGAAAUUCGACUGCAAAUUAGUUAUCUCCACAAAUAAAUAGUCUAAUUAAUAAAGUAUUUUCAUGUUUUAUAUUUUAAUGAGCAUUUUUUUAAAGAAAUUAUCUUAAUUUAAAUUAAUUCAUGAUCAAAUUAUUUUAAAAAUCAAUUUGAAAAAUCCUUUUCAAAAAGAGAAAUUACUGAAAUUAAACAGUCAUUUUAGAUUUUUUUUUUCAAAUUCAGGUAUUUAAAGCAGCACAAUGUAACUUUCAGCUUUUGUUGAGUUUGGCGGCUCCUUUGGACAAAAGCGGUAGUGCUUUACCAGUAGUGCGGCAGGGUUCGUACCAUCCACCUCCAAGUUACAUAGUGCCAGUGAAGGCGAUACAGUCAGACCCCUCAGACCAUGACAGAGGUGUCAUUAAACCUGUUGGAAGUUGAUGUACCAUCACAAUGACUCUGGAAAUAUGAUAUUAAGGUGGAAAAGUUACAUUGUGCUGCUUUAAAAAUCUAAUUUCAUUCAUCCUCUCCGUUUUCUUUUCUCCAGUGCAUUUUCAAAAACAUUUACCUUCUUGAUUUAGCCUCUAUUUUUACCUUUUACAUAGCACUUUGGGCCUUGAGCUGAGAAAAGCAGGCCAAACAAUGCAAAUCAGGUUCUUGAAAGCAACAAAAGCUCUCAGAUUGGUCACUGUCCAAAAGUGAACAAUAGAAGAACGUUGCCUGAUCAAUAUCUCAAUUUCUGCAGCAACAUUGGGACGUUAUGGUCCAAAAUUUGGUCUAAACAAAAGGAAAGCAUGGAUCCCUUCUGUAAAAGUUCAGGCAACAGGUCGUGUAAUGGUGUGGGAGAGAUUGUCUUGACACACUUUAGGCCCUUUUAGUACUUGUAAUGUAAAUGAUGCUGCCUACUUGAGUAUUGCUCCUGACCACAUAGUCAGCAGCAUCCUCUGGCUACUUUCAUGAGGAUAUUACGCCAUGUCACGAAGCUGAAAUCAUCUCAAACUGGUCACAUGAACAUUACAAUAAGAUCACUGCUCAGAUGACCACCAGAUCUCAGUCUAAUAGAAACACCUCUGACAUUUGUUUGAAUGAGAUUGUUGCAUCAUGGAUGUGCAGCAAACCAAUCUGCUGGAACUAUGUGACACAAAACUGUCAAUAUGGACCAGUAUUUCAGAGGAAAAUUUCCAGCACCUCGUUGAAUGUAUGCCAUGAAGAGAUAAGGCAUUUAUAAAGAAAACGGUGGGUCCAACCCAGUACUUGACAGGUGUACCUAAUGAAGUGUCUGGUGAACGUAUUUGACUAUAGAUUAGGUCAAAGCUACCUUGCAAUGGACUUUGCAUCUAUUUGAAGCACUUAACUAUAUUAUGAGCCAGGAAACAAAUGCACAGAGCACAUUGACAUAGAAGGUGCAGUCGUAAUUAAUUAUGAAAAUGGUUUAAAGAACAUUCAGCGAGUAAAAAAAUAAUCAUUACAAUAAUAUGUAUUAUAUGAGCAACAACAGAUAAUAGAAUUGGAGGAAGCAGCAGAACGAUGCAUGUUAAACAUGAUGGAGACACUAAAUCAUGUCAGAGUUCUCAGGUCUUACCUCAUCGGUAUGUUUCUCAGAUCUUCAUUUUUAUUUCAUGGAGGGUAAUGUCUUGAAGGCAGAGGGGACACAGUCUUGACUGACAUCAAACCAACUAUGCAUUUGAGUGAAACGACCCAAUGUCUGUACUUUUGCGGCGCCGACUCGACCUCUGGAUGGGAGUCUGCUGCGUCGAUGUGCCUGCUGUGCAAAAGGGCAACAAACACUUCGACUGGGCAUUGUUAACUCUUUAUGUAUUAUUUUAUACAAGCUGCCUUCGAUUCAACUUUUCUACAUCAUAAAGAGCUUAUUUUCAACAAAUUUCAUAUUUCUAAAGUAAUUACAGAACA